AUGGUUCAAUCCGCAGUUUUAGGUUUCCCAAGAAUCGGAGCUUUCAGAGAGUUGAAAAAGAACACGGAGGCCUACUGGAACGGCAAGAUCAGUGCUGAUCAGUUAUUGGCCGUCGGUAAAGAGAUUCGUGCUCACAACUGGAAGUUGCAAAAGGACGCUGGCGUCGAUAUUAUUCCAUCCAAUGACUUUUCGUUUUACGACCAGGUCUUAGACUUGUCUCUUCUUUUUAACGUCAUCCCUGACAGAUACACAAAGUACAACUUGCCUUCUUUGGAUACGUACUUUGCUAUGGCCAGAGGUUUGCAAAGAAAGGCCGCUGAAAAUAGUAAGGCUGUUGAUGUUCCUGCCUUGGAGAUGGUGAAAUGGUUUGAUUCUAACUAUCAUUACGUUAGACCUACUUUCUCUCACUCUACCGAAUUCAAGUUGAUUGGUUCUAAGCCUAUUGACGAGUACUUGGAGGCUAAAGCUCAAGGUAUUGAGACCAGACCUGUCAUUUUGGGUCCUGUUUCUUAUUUGUUCUUGGGUAAGCCAGAUAAGGAUUCUCUUGAUUUGGAGCCAAUUGCUCUCUUGAAAAGUCUCUUACCCGUCUAUAUCCAGCUUUUGAAGAAGUUGGCUGCUGCUGGUGCCAAGGAGGUUCAGGUUGACGAGCCAACUUUAGUUUUAGAUAUGCCUAAAAAGGUUCAAGCCGCUUUCAAGACCGCCUAUGAUGCGUUUGCCGCCGAGGAAGGUCUUCCCGAGUUGAUUCUUACCACAUACUUUGGUGAUGUUAGACCAAAUUUGUCUGCUAUCAAGGGCUUAAAAGUUGCUGGAUUCCACUUCGACUUUGUCAGAGAUCCCGAACAAUUGGAAAAGGUUGCCUCUAUCUUGGGUGACAAGCAGACUUUGUCUGUGGGUGUUGUUGACGGUAGAAACAUUUGGAAGAAUGACUUUGCUGCUUCUAUUGCCUUGGUCAAGAAAGCCAUCAAAAAGAUUGGUGCUGAUAGAGUUAUUGUGGCCACUGCUUCUUCGUUGUUGCACACACCAGUCGAUUUGACUAACGAAAAGAAGCUAGACUCAGAGAUCAAGGAUUGGUUCUCUUUCGCUACUCAGAAGCUUGAUGAGGUUGUGACUAUCGCCAAUGCUAUUUCCGGUAAAGAUGUUUCCGAGAAGUUGGCAGCCAACGCUCUCUCUAUCAAGAACAGAAAGGAGCAUGAAAUCAAUAACGAUGCUGCUGUUCAGAAGAGAACGAGUGGUAUUGAUGAUGCUAUGGCUACCAGAAGCUCUCCAUUCCCUAAGAGAUUGGCUGUUCAAAAGGGCGAAUUCCACUUACCAUUGUUCCCAACCACCACUAUUGGUUCCUUCCCUCAAACCAAGGACAUCAGAGUGAUGAGAAGUAAAUUCACUAAGGGUACAAUCUCUGAGGAGGAAUACACCAACUUCAUCAAGAAGGAGAUCAAGGGUGUUGUUGACUUCCAAGAGAAGGUUGGUCUAGAUGUUUUGGUUCACGGUGAGCCUGAGAGAAAUGAUAUGGUUCAAUACUUUGGCGAGAGAUUGAAAGGUUUUGCCUUUACCACUAACGGCUGGGUCCAGUCAUAUGGUUCCAGAUACGUUAGACCACCUAUUAUUGUCGGUGAUGUCUCCAGACCAGCUCCAAUGACCGUGAAGACUUCUGUCUACGCUCAGUCGUUGACCGAAAAGCCAAUGAAGGGUAUGCUUACUGGUCCAAUCACUAUCUUGAGAUGGUCUUUCCCAAGAAAUGAUGUUCCACAAAAGACACAGGCUUUGCAGCUUUCUUUGGCCUUGAGAGACGAAGUUCAAGACUUGGAGUCUGCUGGUAUUCAUGUCAUUCAGGUCGAUGAGCCUGCUCUCAGAGAGGGUUUGCCAUUGAGAGCUGGUGCCGAGAGAAAUGACUACUUGAAGUGGGCUGCUGAAUCUUUCAGAGUUGCUACCUCUGGUGUUAAGGACACCACUCAGAUCCACUCUCACUUCUGCUACUCUGACUUGGAUCCUAACCACAUAAAGGCAUUGGAUGCCGACGUUGUUUCCAUUGAGUUCUCCAAGAAGGACGAUGCAAACUAUAUUCAGGAGUUUGCCAACUAUCCAAAUCAUAUUGGUCUUGGAUUGUUCGACAUUCACUCUCCAAGAGUUCCUUCUAAGGAGGAAUUCAUUGCUAGAAUUGGUGAGAUUAUGAAGAGUUACCCAGCGGAGAAGUUCUGGUGUAACCCUGACUGUGGUUUGAAGACCAGAAAGUGGGAAGAGACUACUGCCUCUUUGACUAACAUGGUUGCUGCUGCCAAGUACUACAGAGAGAAGUACGCUAAGAAGGACUAA